CGCUGAAUGGUCCUCACUCUAUCCAAAGCCACGGCAGGUGUAAGGCGUCUGAGCGUUUGGGGAGCUCUCACACACCGGGAAAAUGAUUUGGCCUAAGGUUGCCUUGUUACUGGCCGCGGUUGCCCUUGCGGCCGGCGCCGAAGAUGUGGACGACAAAGAAGUAAUUGUUUUAACUAAGGCCAACUUCCAAGAAACCAUUUCUUCCAACGAGUUCCUCCUCGUCGAAUUCUAUGCCCCCUGGUGUGGCCAUUGCAAGGCUCUUGCCCCUGAAUACGCUAAGGCCGCCAAGACACUGGCUGAGAGUGGAUCAGCUAUCAAAUUGGGCAAGGUUGAUGCAACUGAGGAGCAGGAAUUAGCUGAGAGCCACGGUGUCCGUGGUUAUCCCACUCUGAAAUUCUUCCGCAAUGGAAACCCUGUUGAAUACAAUGGUGGACGCACUGCCAGCGAAAUUGUCAACUGGCUGAACAAAAAGACCGGCCCUCCUGCCAAGGCUCUUGAAUCUGUUGAGGAUGCCAAGUCCUUUGUUGAGAAGGCUGCUUCUGUUGCUGUCAUUGGUUUCUUCAAGGACCAGACCUCUGAGGCUGCUAAAGUUUUCCUUGCCGUUGCUAGCAUGGUUGAUGAUUAUCCUUUCGGUAUCACUUCCUCUGAUGAUGUCUUCGCUGAGUACAAGGUUGAAGACGGCAAGGUUGUCCUCUUCAAGCAGUUUGAUGAAGGACGUGCUGACUUUGAGGGUGAACUUAAGGAAGAGGUUCUCAAGAAGUUUGUCUCCUCCAAUGCCCUUCCUCUUGUUGUUGAGUUCAAUCAUGAAACUGCCCAGAAGAUCUUCGGUGGUGAAAUCAAGUCUCACCUCUUGAUGUUCCUGUCAAAGGAGGCUGGACAUUUCGACCAGCACCUUGAAAGUGCCCGCUCUGUUGCCAAAGAGUUCAGAGACCAGCUGCUGUUUGUUACCAUCAACGCUGAUGAAGAAGACCACGACCGCAUUCUGGACUUCUUUGGCAUGAAGAAAUCUGAGGUUCCUGCUAUGCGUCUUAUCCGCCUGGAGGAAGAUAUGGCUAAAUACAAGCCUGCUGAUCCUAAACUUGAUGCCGACAACAUCCGCUCAUUCGUUCAGAGCUUCCUUGAUGGCAAGCUGAAGCAACACCUUCUCUCUCAAGAUCUCCCUGAGGAUUGGGACAAGAACCCUGUGAAGGUCUUGGUUUCUACCAACUUUGAUGAAGUUGCAUUUGACAAGGAAAAGGAUGUUUUAGUUGAGUUCUAUGCUCCCUGGUGCGGUCACUGCAAGCAGCUUGCUCCCAUCUACGACCAGCUUGGUGAGAAAUUCAAGGACAAUCCUGCCAUUGUUGUUGCAAAGAUGGAUGCUACCAUCAACGAGCUAGAGCACACAAAAAUUCCUUCAUUCCCUACCCUCAAGCUUUACGCCAAGGGUGACAACAAGGUCAUUGAGUACAAUGGCGAGCGUACCCUAGAAGGACUUACCAAAUUCUUAGAAACUGGUGGUGUCUAUGGUCAGGCUGCUCCUGAUGAGACUGAGGAUGUUGAUGAAGAUGAUGACCAGCCAAAGAAGGACGAGCUGUAAUUAUUUUAAAAGCACACUUCAAAAACCUGAGUUUUAAUUGUGUUACCAUGUACACAACAAUGUACCUGGAAACAAAUCAGCCAAAUGUGAAAGUAAAGAAUGAUUGAGAAAGAAUGUUUUUGUGACAGGAAAAGCUGCACAAGGCUUAUUGUGAUUGAGUUUCUUACAACAUUUUAAUGAAAUCGUUCUCCCUUUGGAUGAGUGUGAUUGAGUGAGCAAUGUGCGUUCCAUUAGUCACAAGACGUUCCAUUGGUUGUAAAAUCCAUUAGCAUUUUAACUUUGUAUUAGCAAUUUUGCAUUUGUUUUUUUCAGUUCAAAGUUUUGAUAGCAUUUAUUGAAGUAAGGUAAUUGCUUCGACUGAAUUUUUCAGCAAAUUUCAGUAUUGUUGUUAGUCAUUUGUGCUUUGUUGCAAAUGUUCAAAUGCGAUCUGUACUUGUGACUUGUGUGGGAAGCCAGCUGCUUUUUUUUUAACUUUAAAUUAUUCUAGUUUUUAGUGUACAGCUAGUUCCUGUACAAAUCAUUACCUCUUUUCCCAUUCCUAUCUGUUUCAUGUUUCGUUAUUUUAUCAAUUUCUAUUUAGUACUUUGCUCUCACUCCAUCUCCUUGCCUGUAUUUUUUUUUCUCUCUACCUUUCUCAUUAGACAUUUUCUAGCAGUCAGAAAAUCUUCAGAUGAUUGCACAAAUCAGGGUACACAAAGUGUCAUUAGGCAGAUUUGAUUUAUGUGAAUUCUAUUUUUCUAUAUUAACUGGAUUGUUUUUAACUGUACUGUGUACAUUAUUCCUGAUAAAUUGCAAAGACAUCACACACAUAGCUAUACUUGCAGCAUUGAUUUGACACAAAUCAUGUAUUUUAAUUGUCUUCCCACACAGUACAAACUAAAGUAGUACUUACUAGGUUUUGGAAAUUAUCAGUGUUGUGCUGCCAUAAUGAGAUUGUUAAUUACAGUUGAAUCAGUGCUGCAAGUCUCUCUUUAGUAACUUUAAUAUUUUUUUUAAUGGUGUGUGCGCUGUGCUCUGCUGGAUGUUGUGGUUUUGCAUGUCAACAUCGAAAGAUAACGGCAGUGGUAUUGUGAUUAAUUGUAAACCUGCUGUGGCUAAACCUCGAGACUGAUGUGUUAACAAGUAUAAGACAAAACUCUAAAAGAACUACUGUUAAAUACAUUUUCCACAGAAAUCUCAUAA